AGCCACCUACCACCAUGCCAGAGCAUCAAGCUGUUGACAUUGAGCAUGUCCCAAUUGUGACACCACCUCCAUACAUGGAUCCAGCCAAUGCACAGGCUAAGAAAAAAAUGUCAAGGAUUAGGAAGGAAUCUGUUUCCAACAUGAAACCAUGCCAACAUUGCGGUGCUCCACCACAAGCACAGGCUGCCAACUUACCACACGAACAAGUGCUCAUCUGGCCAGCAGCUCGUCCAACAAAUCACAUUCAUCAGGACUCUCGUCAAUUCAUCGGAUAUGUUCUUAUCAUUGCAAUUGUUAUUUUCUUGUUGUUCGCUGCUUGCAAGUAUUUGCCUUAAACUCUGCAAUAUUUUCUUUGUUUUUUCAGUUCAUUUUGCCACCCCAAUUCACUUACAAAUACCAUAAACCGUUCGUAAAUUAUUCCCUUUUAUGGUGUUAUUUCUUUCCUCCCCGUUCCUACUUUAAAAGUUACAAAUAAUCAAAAUCUUCUCACAGAUAAAUAAAUACAUUUAAGAU